AUAUACUUAAACUCCGCCUUUGUUCCAAGUAACCAAUCGGGGAGUCGUGUUUCUGUUCGCGUUUUGUCUCGCGCAUCCAGCAGUUUAAAGUGUGUUCGCAACUUUUUAAUCGGCCAUUUCGACCCAGCCGGCAUUCAGCGCUAGUCCUGCGCCAUAGCGGGAUUUUGUAUCCUUGAAACGACACCACAGUAACAUCGACCAACAAUGAAUGAAACCGCCAUUUCUUUCGCCAAGGACUUCUUGGCUGGUGGAAUUGCCGCUGCCAUUUCCAAAACAGCUGUUGCCCCCAUUGAAAGAGUGAAACUGCUUCUUCAGGUUCAACAUGCCAGCAAACAAAUCACAGUCGAUAAGCAGUACAAGGGUAUUAUGGAUUGUGUUGUCCGUAUUCCCAAAGAGCAAGGUUUCCUGUCUUUCUGGAGAGGCAACUUGGCCAAUGUCAUCAGAUAUUUCCCCACUCAAGCCCUCAACUUUGCUUUCAAGGACAAGUACAAGAAGGUCUUCCUGGAUGGUGUAGACAAGCACACCCAGUUCUGGCGGUACUUUGCCGGUAACUUAGCCUCUGGUGGUGCUGCUGGUGCCACCUCUCUCUGCUUUGUCUACCCUCUUGAUUUUGCCAGAACCCGUCUGGCAGCAGAUGUUGGCAAAGCCGGAGCAGGGAGAGAGUUCUCUGGUUUGGGCAACUGCUUAGUGAAAAUCUUCAAAUCUGAUGGCCUCAAAGGUCUGUACCAGGGCUUCAAUGUAUCUGUGCAGGGUAUCAUCAUCUACAGAGCAGCUUACUUUGGCAUCUAUGACACAGCAAAGGGUAUGUUGCCAGAUCCCAAGAACACCCAUAUAGUCGUGAGUUGGAUGAUUGCUCAGACUGUAACAGCUGUUGCUGGCCUUGCGUCCUAUCCCUUCGACACUGUGCGUCGUCGUAUGAUGAUGCAGUCUGGACGCAAAGGAGCUGACAUCAUGUACACCGGAACAAUUGACUGCUGGAAGAAGAUUGCCCGUGACGAGGGUGGCAAGGCCUUCUUCAAGGGAGCGUGGUCCAAUGUUCUCCGAGGCAUGGGUGGUGCCUUUGUGCUUGUCCUGUAUGAUGAGUUAAAGAAAGUCAUCUAAAUGUUUCACCAUUAGUGUUGGGGUGUCUAAAUGUAAAAUAACUUGUAUAUUUACAAGGACUCAAAUUCCGCCUUUAUUUAUAGGGACCAACUAGUAUCAGUACUAGUUGUACUGUGGGAAUAGUUAUGUGCUUUUUAUUUUUGCACAGCUUUUCCCCCUCACCAUGUCAUUCUUGGAACAAGCUGUGCCAGGUACUGAAACCUGUAUUGUCAUCCAGUCUGUUUGAGGCAAUUUAAUAAAGACCAACUAAACCUAAA